UUAUGGUGAAUACAGUUCAAUUCAGUUGAGUUCAGUGUUCAGUGUUCAGUUUUCAAUUCAGUAGCUAGAGUUGCUAACACGGUUGUUCGGGUUGGGAUUUGUGCUUCUUUCAGCAAUAGCGACGAUAGCGACCGGCAGGGUGAAUACAUACCGGUGGAUAUUAAUUAAAGUAAAAUGUCGCAGGCUAAAUUAAAUUUUUCAUUUUACAUCACGGUCUGUUGCUUGUUUGUGAGCUUCGUCAGCGCGAAUCUUCAGGCAACCUCGAAAAAUACUUUAACGGAACAAUUAACUGAAGAUAACUGGGAUCGUAUGCUGACCGGAGAAUGGAUGGUGGAAUUUUAUGCCCCGUGGUGUCCUGCUUGCAAAUCGCUCGAACCGGUUUGGGAACAUCUUGCUUCGCAAAAGAAAAAUCUAAAUAUCAAUGUAGGAAAAGUUGAUGUAACUGUUUUUCCUGGACUCAGUGGAAGAUUUAUGGUUACAGCUUUACCAACGAUAUAUCAUGUCAAAGAUGGUGUAUUUAGGCGAUACAAGAGUCCUAGAGAUAAAGAUUCGUUAAUUGAAUUUAUAUCUCAGAGAACUUGGGAAAAAAUUGAGCCUGUCUCUGCUUGGACGAGUCCAACUUCUAUUCAAAUGUCUAUUAUUAGUCAAUUCUUUAAAAUGUCACACGUACUACGGGGAAUACAUACUGGACUUAUGGAAGAGUUCGGAUUACCUACAUGGGGAAGUUAUUUAAUUUUUGCCAUGGGUACCAUUAUUUCAGGUGCAAUACUGGGAUUGUUCAUUGUUUGCGCGAUUGAUUUUGUACAUCCGCCAAAGCCUGAAGCGUCUCAAAAUGAAACGAAACAAAAGGAAGGAUCGGGCGGAUUUAUGCAAGAAAAAAGUAUGCAAGACGAGGAAAUCGUGAAAAAUGUUAAGGACGAUUUAGUGGACGAAGAAUGUGAACGGGAGGUAUCGGAACCAGAGGACAAGGAGAAAGAUGUGGAUAAAGAUUCGAAAACUGAACCGAGCAGUCCGAAUGUUCGUAAACGGCAGAAGCCACGUAAAGCUGAUUAGACAUACCAAUUUGUUGUACGUAAAUAUUUUACAUCCACAGAAGAUUGACAAAUGAUAUUUAACAGUUCGAUUAAUGUCAAUUCAUUUGUAUAAAUGAAGGCAGUCAUUAAGAUACAUGACUAUUCUAUGUAUAUUAUUUGACAGAGUUAUAAGAAUCGUACAACAAGUCGAUGAAAGGAAUACAAUAUGUGUUAAAAA